AUGGGAAAGUUCAAUGGUUACUGUAUAGUUAUUUGUAUGAUAUUAGUUUUGAAUUUUGAUCUUGGUUCAGCUCAACUCAGACAAAAUUUCUAUGGCAGCACUUGUAGAAACGUGGAACAAAUUGUUCGUGGUGUUGUGAAUACGAAGUUCCAACAAACAUUCGUUACUGUCCCGGCUACUCUUCGUCUCUUCUUCCAUGAUUGCUUUGUUAAUGGUUGUGAUGCAUCAGUAAUGAUUGCAUCUUCUGGGGGAAAUACUGCAGAAAAAGAUCAUGCUGAUAAUCUAUCAUUAGCUGGAGACGGAUUCGAUACAGUGAUCAAAGCUAAAAAAGCUGUUGAUGCUCAAUGUGGUGCUAAUAAAGUUUCUUGCGCUGAUAUUCUUGCCAUGGCGACAAGAGAUGUCGUAGUUGUGUCUGGUGGACCGAAUUACCCUGUGGAACUAGGACGACGAGACGGAUUGGUGUCAACUGCAUCAAGUGUUGAAGGAAACUUACCAAAACCGACGUUUAAUCUAAACCAGCUCAAUUCCAUGUUCGCUAAACAUGGUCUCUCUCAAGCAGAUAUGGUUGCUCUAUCAGCUGCCCAUACUCUGGGAUUUUCUCACUGUACCAAGGUCGCACCCCGUAUAUACAAUUUCAGUCCACAGAACGCAGUCGACCCUUCACUUGAUAGAAAGUACGCAACUGAACUACAAGGGAUGUGCCCCAGAAAUGUUGAUCCACGAGUGGCCAUAAACAUGGAUCCAGUGACACCAAGGAAGUUCGACAACCAGUACUUCAAGAAUCUUCAACAAGGUAAAGGACUAUUCACAUCCGACCAAGUUCUCUUCAGCGAUGGUAGAUCCAAAUCUACUGUUAAUACAUGGGCUGCAAAUUCCACUGCUUUUAAUCAAGCUUUCAUCACUGCCAUGACUAAACUUGGUCGUGUUGGAGUCAAGACUGGAUCACAAGGGAACAUUCGUCGUGAUUGUGGUGCGUUUAAUUAGGACAUUUUCAAUAAUCAAUUAAUUGGUCGGUCGAUUACCUUAGUAAACUAUUGGACGUGAAAAAGAGUUCAUCUUUAAGUAUGCAAAAUCAUUGGAUGUGAAAAAACGUUCAUCGUUAAGGAUGUAAUUACAAUAGAAGAUGUAAGGAUGAUGAUGAUGUGCUCCAUGGAUUUUUGAUUUGUUAUUCACAUCUAAUAAGGUUUUAAAGCAUAA